UUAUUGAUGGAUGAAUAGGAUUGAUGAAUUAUUGAUACAAAAUGGAUGAUGGAUUGAAAACUGACAUAUAUUUUCUCUUUUUUUCUUUCGCCAUUUUCAACCAUUUCGAUUUGAUUACCUCACCUAUCAUCGACCAAUUAUAAAAUUACAUUAACAACAACCAAAAGAAUGGCUCAGAGACUUACUUACCGUCGCCGUUGCUCCUACAACACCCGUUCCAACCGCUGGAGAGCUGUUAAGACUCCUGGUGGAAAGCUCGCUCUCCAAUACGUCAAGAAGCCUGUCAAGGCCCCUCGUUGUGGUGACUGUGGUGAAACUCUUGCUGGUAUUAAGGCUCUCCGUCCUCGUGAAUUCGCCACCGUUUCCAAGACUAACAAGCACGUCAGCCGUGCCUAUGGUGGUUCUCGUUGUGCUCAAUGUGUCAGAAACCGUAUUGUCCGUGCUUUCUUGAUUGAAGAACAAAAGAUUGUUAAGAGAGUUCUCAAGGCUCAAAAAUAAAUGAUAAUGUACACACACUAUCGAGAUAUACACACAUAUACAACAAACAACUGAUAUGAUGUAGGAGACUUUCAUCUUACUUUAUAUAUAUUACAGCAAUUGUAGAUAUGUAUAAUUGUUCUAUAAUCACUUUUGUCUCACAAGAUUAAAAGAAAAUUAACAAAAAGAAAGAAAGGAAGAGACACUGAACAGUUUAGCGACAUAUUCUUAGAACAGUAGCCAGUAGUAGUGAGGAUCGAACAAACGGUUUUUUUUAGUGUUGAUAGUUGUUCUUGACAGAUCGGGUUCAGUAACUGUUGUUGGAAGGAUUGAAAUUGUAUUCUCAUUGCGGUCGCUGUUUUUAUACUGAGGGAGGAUAUUUCUGUCCACGUUUGGUUUAAUGUCAAUCUAAGAGAACCCUAGCAAUUAGAUAUAAGUCAUGUAGCACACCUAGAGGUCAUUCG